GUGAGCUUGUACAGUCUCGUUCAUAUCAUGUCCCAUGUUAAAUCGCUCACAACUGUUACAGUUCGUGAUUAGUACAAAUUGACACAAGUUUGGGCAGAGAUAAUAAAACAAACGAGCAAUUAAGACUCGUACCAAAUUGUUUAAGGCUAUAUAGUAAAAGAAAUUCAAUUGUGCGCACGUUUGUACCAGGCAGAGACUUAAGGACAUUUAACAUUUGCAAAUUCGACAUAAAAAUAUCUUCGAGGAUAUUAGAGACUGAAGGCGACUUUCAUAGGAAAUCUCUACAAGGACAAGUUCUAACGUCAUUGCGCCUAUAAAUAGCCGUUAUUGCGCGCGUACAUACGAGGGAGGGGAAAUAGUACAAGCACCUGACACCAGAAUCGAUUCUCUACAGAUGUAGAAAACAACAGUGAAUCUCGUAAUAGACGAGCGAUAUAACGUAGGAAACUAUAGGCCAAUAUCAGUUUGUGAACGUCAUCGUUCUGGAUAGGAGUGUUAUAUCGGAUAAUACUGACAAUAGAGAAACAUUGGUAAUUCAAACUUGGAGGAAAAUGCAUGUUGAAGUGAAUAUCGCGUUGAAUUUUGUGAUUUCUUACUUGUACAAUAAACUGCCCCGUCGCAGAGUGGAUUUGUUCGGAGUUGAACUAGAGAAGGGGCUAAAUAAAAAGUUUGAGGGCCACUGGUACCCAAAGCAGCCUGUGAAGGGUUCCGGGUUUCGUUGUGUAAAGGUUAGCGGUGAUGAAAUAGACCCGGUGAUUGGCGCAGCGGCUUGCAGUGUAGGACUGGACAUGGAGGAAAUGAAAGAGUACAUUCCCGGUGAUCUCACCCUCUGGAUUGACCCAAAUGAGGUCUCGUACAGAAUAGGGGAAAAGGGACAAAUUAAAAUAUUGUACAGUGAUAAGAGCAAUGAGGAAAAUAACGAGUGUGAAGAUAGUGAAGUGCAGGCUACAAAUAUCAGAGGGUUUAACCCCGAAGCUCAGAGCUUUAACCCCGACGCUCAGUCGUUCGAGCCCAUUGAUAGAUUGUCAACCUCACUUGGGAGCUUGAACUUGUCUCCACGGUCCGGCGGUCUCUCCCCGCUCUCCCCGGUAUCCUCGGUGUCUUGGGGUGGCAGCCAAUCCACGUCCCCAUCCGGGGCCGCCAUGUUCCCUUCGUCUGUGUGCAAUGAUACAUUAUCAGCUCCUUCUGCUACGCCAAAACGCCAACAUAUACCCAUGUUUACUACGGCAUCAUUUGCGCAGACCAAAUUUGGGUCUACAAAGCUGAAAUCGAAUGCGAAGCGGCCUACGCGUCUCUCCCCUACCGAGUUCGGAAACUUCUUCCAUCAGAAGGUUGUUCCAAGCAACCUGCAAUACCCAGGACUCACAACCCCUCCACGCUCACGGUCUCUAUCACCACGGGACCCCCGCGUGGAGUUCAUCAUUGACCAAAAACAACGGUUCAUCCAGAACCAGCAUCAGCAGCAGCUGCAACAACAGUUCCAGCAGCAACAACAACAACUGCUACAACAGCAGCAACUCAGUUUUCAUCUUCAGCAACAACAACAGUUGCUUUUUCAGCAGCAGCAGCAGCAGCAGCAACAACAUAAUCGUCUAAACAUUCCGGGUGAGCCCCAGUUCCUGAGUUACAAUGGACAGUCACCUCAGCAUGUGUCAGGUACUCUCCACGACAUGUUCUCCGGCCCCUCACCCCUUCAGUCGCCCGGGCAGGUGCCGGUUGGUAAUGGGUUUUCGCCAGUUUCGCCCAGCCAAUCCCCGAUGUUUCCAUCUAUGGGCAGUCCACAGUCGUCCAGUCCUCCGACUGGGACACAGACUAACAACAAUAACAACAUAAACAACAACAACAAUAACAACAUGCCGUCGACGCUUGGUUCUCCAGUUCAGAUUUCGCCCGAGAACCAGCUUGCCCUAUUUGAUGGUCUUGGGUUGAACACCGGAGGAUUCUCACCCUCGAGCCAGUACCAUCACCUUCUCCUGGCCAAUUAGACUUGUUACAGUGCCAGCCACCGUACCAUCACCUGGAAUUGUUACAGUGCCAGCCAAACGCUGCCGUACCAGGGUGUAUGUACAGUGCCAGCCAAACGCUGCCGUACCAGGGUAUAUGUACAGUGCCAGCCAAACACUGCCGUACCGGGGUGUACAGUGCUUACAUGUACAUUCGAUGGGUAACUGUUGAAUCAUGUUACGGUAACCGGUCACUGAUUUCCCUCUGAGGAUUAAAGAAAUGGUGUUUUAGGAAAUACCAUUUUCUUUAAUAUUUUUUUCGCGUAACGUGACAUAUGACAUAUCAGUUCAUUUAAUAUACUAUUGGCCAUGUAUUUUUGAUCAUUGUUAACCCUCGGGGUGAACAAUCGACUGGUGUGAAAUGAAAUAUUUCUCAAAAUUAUUUACAAAUGGCCUAAAGAUAUUAUUUUGAGAAUAAGAUUGUUAAAUUAAAUUAUGUUUGUCUGUUAUCGCCAUAUGGCUGGAAGCACAGUAUUAUCAACGAAUGAUUUGCUGAAGUCCUGGCCACUGGCAUCUGUUUAUUUUGAAUUUUUGAAAUAAUUGUUUAUGAUAUUUAAACUCAACAAUGUAAAUAUGAACUCUUAAAGAAAUAACAUUUCCAUUUGCACUGUAAGUUAUUUUUUUGGUUAAUCUGGAACCUAUGCUUUGUUUAAUAUAAACCUUGUGAUGGAUACAUUCUGCACGUACAAUGCAUUUAUCACGCACGUGUUAACAGUCGUUCAGGGUUAGGCUUUGCCAGAGUCGGGGGCGGGUGAAUCUGUUUUACAUAAAUUCAUUGCAGUACCUUUCAUUCCAAUUCAUACUCAUGUUUUUAAUAUUUCAUAGCUAUAGGCUUUGUAUCAAUGCUUACUUUGUAUAGGUUUCUGUACAUUUUAUUAUUGUGCGUGUAAAAUCAUUCACAUUGGUAUGAUUUAUCAUUUUUACUGUAGGAGUUUAGUAGUAAUAGUUUUUGGCACAUCAACAGCUGCUGUCAGUCUUAAUUAAAACAUUGAUUUUGGGUUUCCUUUCCAUAAUCAUGUUUGAUAUAUAGCUUUGAUUACAAUAUGGUACAGGUGAUAUAGAGGAAGAUAUAUACUGUAUAUCGACACAUGUAAAGCGUUUUGAUAUUUUGAACCGGAAUAGGACUUUAGAUUAAGAUGAUUUCCUUUACUUUUGCUAUGACUUCUAACUUCACAUGUUAUCGUAGUCAAUGUCACUGCAAUAGUGUGUUGUAUAAGAUUACCUUGAGUUUGAAGAUUGUCACAUCACUUUCAUAUCUAUAACAACAGUUACUCGAUAUAUUAGGAUGGAAAUCGUACAUUUAAAGAACUUGGUUCUAUGUUCUAUGUAUUUUAAGUAUCUCCUGUCAGAAUCAUGUUUGAUGAAGAAAUCAAUCGGCGUAGUCGUUAAAACAGCAGAAGUCAUGAAAACACUACAUUAGCUUGUGCCUCUUAACCGCUCAUGAAAAAUGCAUCUGUCUGAUUUCGGCCCAGUGAAGGUGUUACAGGGGAAUUCUGGAAAGUUAGGUAAGCCAAUAAAUAGCUGCACGCGUACAAUCAAUUAUUUAAAGACUCCUUCGUGUAAAUACCUGUGUCGAAGCAAAUCACAACUUGAAGAAUAACGUGAAAUCUGAUAAAUGUAGAAAUUUUUGACAGCAGAACACAAACUGUGACAGAGUCCACGAGUGCAUUGGAAGUUUAAGGAGAAGGAACAUAUAGCUACUACCAGGACAUGUAGCUAAAAAUCUAAAGCUUUUGACAUAGACAUUAAGCAUUAUUUAGUUCAAUGUACACAUGUAUAUUCGUAUGCUACUUUACAUUUAGCAUAUUUAUAAUCUCACGUUUAUUAUAAUGUACAUAUAUACCUCAUAUUUAGAUCAUUCAAUAAUAUUUUGUAGAAUCGUAUGUCAUAAAUUUGUUAAAAUGUGGGUGAUGGUGAAAUAUUUAUUAUAUUUAUAUACGUUUAUACUUCUAUGUGUUGUGGAGAAAUGUACAGCUUGUAGGAUAGAGUAUUUAUUAUUUUUUCAUUUCGUUGUUGUUAUAUAUUUAUUGGUAGACUAUGUUCAUGCUGUAUACAGGUACAGAUGUCACAUGUUAGUACACAUAAUGAUGGACAUUACUUUGAUUGAUGCAAUAACCAAUUAGUUUCUCAUUUUUAACUAUAAGAGAUAAAAUAGAGCAUAUCAGCACGAUCUUGAAUGUAUUUUAAGAUAAAUCUUCUAUAAUUGUUUUAUGCUGACGUCAUCGUCGCUAUAUUAUUUUGAUUAUUCUUAAGAAAAUACUCUGAGAAAAAAGACAAGCGAAACUUCGUAAUGCACAAUUAUCAAUUCUCAGUCGUAACUUGUCGGCUAUUUGGUGUGUCUCGGGCGACCAAUCAAACGUCCGGAUUUCACCCCAGUAAUUGUUCAUUAGUACGAAUGUUCUGCUGUCUGUUUGUCCAUGGUAUUCCGACGUGCUGACCAGUGAUAUAGACACUUAAAUUUGAUGACACAAGUGCGUACAUGCAUGCUUAUAUAAGAUUGUGUUUUUACUGGAAUGUCUUUCAUUUCUGUUGAAGGGAGUUUUUUUUACUGAUAACAUUCAAAUGAUCGUCGAAUUAAGUGAUAAUAUUAAUAAUGUAGACUCAAACUAUCAGUUUUCAGUUGUAUUCGAUGUUGUACAAUAUAUUUGAUACUUAUUGUGUAUAUAUGAUGUGUGGUUCUGGUACCUUUCCAUUGCUGGCUUGAGUGAGAAGUUUAUUAGUUCUUACUAGCACUGUAAUUUCUGAGAAUUUGUCAAGUUUUUGAGUAUGUAACCAUGAUAUCUGGAAAACGAAGAUCAUUUUGUAAUUUAACAUUCCGUUGAUUCGAUGUUAUGUGCUGGUAACAUCUGUUUUAAAUAGAAACUUGUAGAAAUGUCAAGGCUUAUUGAUCUGGCAUUUAUUCUGUACUAGGGGUUGUCUUUUGACUGCAGUAAAUAACAUAAUGCCAUGGACGUGACGCCAGUAAACCUAAAUCCUAACAUGGGUUGUAUUUGAUUGUAAAGAUGUUCUGUUUCACAGCAUGUCACAUGAUUUGUAAUAUGUACAAGCCGUUCAUUAGAGAUUGACGCUACAGCAGUUAAUGCCAGGCGCUGUUAUCUCGGCAUUUUUUUUAUUUACAGAAGUUAUACUUCGCUAGUUGUUCAAUACAUUCUGAGUUCAAAGUUUCCCCUAUUUUUCUCAGUUUCUCACGUUUUUUUGUCCGUCAACAAUUUGCUAUUUAAAAAGAAUAUUGCCGAGUGUUUACAUUGUGCGUCUCAUUUUUAAUUUCUUUCUCCUGUUUCUCUCGUAAUUAUCUAAUAUUUCGUAGGAAAUGAGACACUUUAAGGCCUCUGCCUUCAUGAUUUUGAAGUAAUAACAUCUAACCAUCCUUUAUUCCGCUUUUAGAUUCACUUGAACAACUGUCUCCUCGAUUCUAAAUACGGCUCCUCCAGUCGACUAUCACUAAAAGGCUAUUGAUUUGUUAUUUUGAAGACUUUUAUAUCUUGGGAAAAUGCAAUGUUUUCCUUUUCAUGUUAUUUAUUUGUGACACAAUGAACUGUUUCUAAUGCUUUUAAGUCUCCACAUUCAAUUCGAUCAUUUCAUAUCUGAAAAAAAGUAUUCAGUGAAUAGAGAGCUUAUUUUUGUUCAAAGUUGCCCAAACUUGCUAAACCAUGGCUUACUCAGCUUUUUUUGAAAGACGUUCUUAUAACCGACCUCUCUGCUCAGUGAUGUCACAAUCGGGUGAAGAGAUAAGUGUAUGUUUCACAUACUGUAGAACAAUGCUUGUUGUAAUUUUCUUCUUUAUUAGUCAAUAUUUUUCGAUGAAAUUCGGAGGAAAAUGUAUUUUAAGAUCUCGCAAUUGAGUCGGCAGAUUCAAUAUUUUCUUUUGAAACUAAGAUUUCCAAGUUAGAAGCUUGGUUUCAUAGGAUUUGUUUUCCAUGUGAAGUCAACAUUUCAGAGAAUUGAUUUGUUUUCAAUAAAAAUGUAAAUUACUUCUUGCCUAACUGAAAUAACAUUAACGUAAAUUAAAUUAAUUUUGGUGGGUGAGGUUUGAAGAAAUCUUAAUUUUGCAGUUUUGGAUAGACUCUCAAUGGGAAACUCGCUGUCAAAAUAGCUUAUUGGGCGUAAAAAACAUUUCCAAUGAACUGUAUCAAAGAAAUUGCCACAUGGAGCGAGAUCGUAGCAACUCGUGGUACUAUUGAAUACUAUUUUUCAUGAUUUGAAUUGUUCGAAGAGCCACCUGUGUCCAACAGUAUUGAUAGAACGAAAGUACAAAGUCGCGCUCCUGUAACAUGGCAAAUUUUGCUAACUAAGCGUCUUUUAUCGCCUACGUACGAAAUUAUAAAUAAUUGGAAAUAUUGAUCGCCUUGGUAACGUCAGUCGUCAACAGCUUGUCGGAUUUUAUGGAAAGAAAUGUCACCACAUUUAUAGAAGGAAUUAAAUUAAACAGGAGAAUAUUUCAUGCUUGAAGCGAGAAUAAUAAAGAGGAAUGUUUUUUUUUUGCUGGAACAUCUUGUCAUCUUGUUCCAAAUGAAAGAAAUAUUGUGAUAAAUAAAUACAAAUUUAGAUUUUCUUUGCUGGUUCUUAGUUGUUGUUUGUUUCAGCUAUAAUUUAAGGGUCAAUAUUAUUCCAGAUGGUAAUAAGUGUAUAUUUACAAACAUCUCCUGAUGUGUAUGGUGUCUCAAUUGAGUUGUUGAAUAUUGUUACACAGUCGACAUAUGUUAUGAAGUACUAUUGUUAUCAGACAAGUAUAUAUUUAAUACACAGAUACGAGUAGUAUAUAAUUCUGUUAUUGUUUAUUAUUGAAAAUAUUUCUAAGUUUGUAAUAAAAUUUAAUUUUG